GGCCCACCAUGCAGCCCAACACUCCAGUAGCCGCAGCUGUAUUCGCCGCCACAGCCGUCUUCGCGGCGUUGCUGGGAGCGGCAGUCUGCGUGCCCCAUCCAGAGGCAGAGGAGAUGACGCCGUCGCUGGAGCUAACAGUGACGGCGAUGCUGCCAGUGGGGGCGGCUCGCGGGGGCGGCGUUCCGGAAGCAGAACGGGGCCAGGUGCUGGAGCUGCUGGCCGGAGCGCUCGCCCCCCGCCUCUCCGAGGCUCUCCACCGGGGGCGGCACGGCUGCGGUGGAAACUACACGGCGGCCGCGCUGGAGGCGGCCAUGAAGGCCCUGCUGCCUCCGGAGGCAGAGGACGCCGAGGCAGGAGGCUGGACGCAGGAGGCGGCGCCGGCCGGCUGGCGGCGGCUCGUCACACACCGCCUGGUGCGACUCAGCCCGUCCCCCGCCGACGGCAGGCAGUUCUUCGAUGACAUCGACCUCUCCUACCAGUCCAUCAUCACCCUCAUCGUCGAGAUGUUCGCCUCCAUGGUGGGCCUCGGUUGGGGCGCCUUCUCCACCUUCACCAGCGGCUAGGCCUGGUCGCCGACGCGAGCAUCGGAUUCGUUUAGUAUCGCCUCCACUUUCACUAUCAUGUAUCUACCAUCUCUAAACGACAGUUAUUUCCACUACCAGCCGUUAACUAUAUCAUCUUACCAGUUUAUUGCCACUAUCGCCAAUUAACGUGUUACUCGACUGGCCUAUAACUCCAGGUGCCUCCACGUUCGUCGUGCUUAUUUCAUCUGCUGGUCGUCUUCUAAAGGCUGCCUCCCAAAUAUCUGCCAUCUGUAAGAUGCGCCCAAAUGAAAAGGAGAGUACAGAUACACGUAAGAAACAUUUUAAUUGCAGAUGAUUAUACAUACGUGUAUCAUCAUCAUGAAAAUCCCCAACUAGCGAUCAGAGUCCUUGGUGAUCCCCUUUUUCGAUGUAGUAGGAACUUUUAGUUUUCUGAAAGACCCAUUUGGGUUAAGAACCUCUUCCACCUUAUGCCGACAACGCAAGUGGGCGCGUUUUCAAUGGGUUUCCUUCUCUGCAACUUGGCAGGCACACUGGAUUCGUUUGCUUCUCUCGUUACUCCUAAUACAAUACACAGAUAUUGUUUCAUAUAGUUAUGGAUCGUUCGUUGCUCAGCAAACUCCAGUCUCGAGGAGGUCCAAAGAUACAUUUCAUCACCCUUCUUUCCAACUUUCUUUCUGUCCAAAGGCACAGAGUACAGAUGGGCGAAAGAAUGUGUUACAGAUUUUUUUCUGUAUUACAACACUUGGAUUCUGAAGCAGAUCACAUUGGGUAAAUUACAGAGUAGGUAAAUGAAAGGAAGACAAUAUUUGGCGAACAAACCAAAGACCGUCUCGAUGUACACAGCUCAAGCGGCGAAAUACCUGAUAAGUGUUUUUCAAUAGCAAAGCAGUGUACGAUUUACUGAUGUACAGUGCAAUUCCUUGGCAGUCAUGUAUGGAACAACACAUCAGGUAAAAGGUCGCCAAGCCACACACGUAAUCCUCUGGAAUAAAUGCUAAGUUACAGCUUUGCAUGAACGUUGUGGUGCUGCGUUGAUACAGGGUUCAACUUCGGCCUUUAAUGUUUGGAUGACUGUGGGCUCGUUGGCGUAAAUCCGAGACAUCAGAAAAAGCCAUACAAAAAAUUCCAUAUAUCUUAAACAGCAAGAUCGUGGCUGCCAGUUCUGGUCACCAAAAUUCAUGUAAAACCGUUAUUGUUUUACGAGCGGCAAGGCAAUAAAACCAUUCUACUGAAAUCACAUGUCUUCAUGAGCGCUGCCACAUGUCUACAAGAGCACUUCCAGUUGAGCUACAAAGAAGAGGAUUAUCAUGUUACGAUGCCUCUGUGAUAAGUUUCUGAAGAAGACUCGCCUCCAGCUAUAAAAAGGAGUAACAACUGUUUAUGCUAUUAUCGAGGAAUCCAUCAUGCAUUCAUCCAGGGACAUCAGUUUUCCAUUAAUGUAGAAUACGAGGUGAAGUCUUUCACUAUUCAUGCUUAGUUGGGCAUAACGGCACGCUGUCUGUCGGGAUAUACAUUAACCGACAGCGAUUACGUGGUGCAACGCCGGAAGACAAAAUGUCUCCUUUUCACUUCGGUGCGCAUUGAGUACUGCAGUAUCAUACAUUUAGUACAGCACUUUUUUCAGCGCUGGGAAGACGGAGUCCGUAUCUCAGAAUGUAAAAGCUUAGCUCCUCUCGGUAUCUUUAUUUUGUACUUCUUAUUUAUUCGUGAAUAUAACUGACUGUGCAAUAACUGCGACACCUGAGACAUAUUACUAGUCAUUCUACUGAGUAAUUGUCUACCUCAAAUAGGCACCUCUGCCAAAAAACGUUUAUUUAAUGUAGAAUUAAUCUUUUGUGUCUGACACCUUUCUUUCUCCAAUGACAUACUGUUUCAUGAUGUUAAAUCUGUUAUGCAAAUGUGAAAUAAA